AUCCUAGGUUUUGCUCCAGUGUUUCCCAUCCCAGUACUGACCUAACUUGGAUCUACUGAGAACUUAGGGGGCUCUGAAAAAAAAAAAAAAAAGGUUAUUUGCAGUAAUGAAGUUAGCUCCAAAGGCUCCUGGGCCUUUUUCCUUUCUGAAAUAUCUUCAAAUUAUUAGACGUUGCUGGUCAAAAUCGUGGGCACUUUGAAAUUCAUUCUCUGGUUACAAAUAUUUUAAAUAAGUUGGUUUCUGUAAGAGCUCCGGAAAACAUUUUAGCUGCCUAACUAGCGCCUUUCUCAGGAAUAAUAACACCAAGUAUUGCUGAUUCCUAGAAAAGCAUUUACUACCUAAUUACUACAAGAAUUUCCUGAAGUAAAAUAAUCUUAGCAGUUUAUAUACAUUAACAGUAAGGUUUUGCUUUCUAAAAGUCUUGAGGAUAAUAGCUAGCAUGUCUUGAGUCCUUACUGCCUUCCAGGCACUGUUCUAUGCACUUUAUAUACUUUAUCACAUUUAAUCUUUCCAUCAAUGCUUUCAGGUAGGUAUGCUCCCCAUUUUACACAUGAGUAAUAAGGAAAAAGGCUCAAGGGUGGUUUACAAUGAUCAAGAUGACUUGAAUUCAAGGGUUUUUUCCCCAUGUAAAGCUAUUUAUAUCUUCCAAGUCAAAUGGAAUAUUAUAAAAUACAGUUGAUUUAUCCUAUGAAUGGGAAGAGUAUUUUUUAGUGUAAUUGUUUUGCAGCAAUUGUAUGAACAGACUGCUUGUCUCAGAAGAAAAUUCCAUCUAGAGGGGGCUUUGAAGUCUUUAUGUACAGAAGACAAAGUAAAAAUUAUUUUUCUCAUUUUAGUUUUCUGGAUAUGCUGCAGAAGGAUCCGUGCCAGAAACAAGCCUGUGAAAUACAGAAAUGUUUACAAGCCAACAACUACAUGGAAUCCAAGUGCCAGGCUGUCAUCCAAGAACUGCGUAAGUGUUGUGCUCGGUAUCCCAAGGGAAGAUCUCCCGUCUGCUCAGGAUUUGAGAAGGAAGAGGAAGAAAAGCUGACGCUGAAGUCCACAUCCAAGUAAAGUUCUGCUGAGAAGUCAGACGCUGCUCCGCACUUCCACCAUGCGGGUUUUAUUUGUCCUCCUGACUCUUUCUUCAGGUCAGGUAGCAGCAAAUAAAUAUCAAAUGAAAACGUCAACUAUAAAAGUUAACGAAUAUGUCAUCUAUGCAGAACAAAUACAAAUAUAUUAAACAACUAUGUAGAAUGUAAUAAAACUGAGCUGCUAAAAUAAACCUUUUAAGUGAAAAAA